CCAGUCUUCAUCCACAUAACAGCUCGGCCUGCCAUUGGAGAGCCCGCUGGAGAGAGUGAGCAGAAAGAGGAGGACGCAGGAGAAAAACGCAGGCUAUCAGUAUCUGCGCCUCUACCGAUGCAACCAGACAGCUUCUACUGGAGACAGAUAUUACACAUUAGAAAGUUCGUUAUUUAGAUAAAAGGGACAAAGAGGGAGAGGCAAAAAAAAAAAAAAAAUGGGGCAUACCGCAAUUCCAGUCCUGGUGGCUUUAUUGUCCUACUGCGUGUUGGAAAACGUUGAGGCUCUCUCCAUGGCUGAGGUGAACGGGCCUGGCUCCCAGCUGGCAGAGCCACAGAUUGCCAUGUUUUGCGGCAGACAGCUCCUGCACAUGAACAUACAGACCGGGCAGUGGGAGCCAGAUCCUCAGGGCCGUCAGGGCUGCUUUAAAGAGCCCAAUGAAUUCCUGUCUUACUGUCAGGAGAUGUACCCAGCGCUUCCAAUCUCUCACAUAGAGGAGUCUAAAAGACCCGUCACCAUCUCGGCCUGGUGUAAGGAAGGACUGGGUCACUGUCAGACGCACCCCUUCUUCGUCCUUCCCUACCGCUGUCUCGUUUUGAGUUCCUUUCUUUCUGCUGCAGAAGGCGAGUAUGUGAGUGAAGCCCUGUUGGUGCCCGACAGGUGCCGUUUUCUUCACCAGGAGCAGAUGAACAUCUGUGAGAGUUACGUCUACUGGCACAACAUUGCCAAAGAGGAAUGCACUGCAGAGAAUCUUGAGCUGCACAGCUACGGGAUGCUGCUGCCAUGUGGGGAUCACUUCAGAGGUGUAGAGUACGUCUGCUGCCCGGGAAGGAGCCCCUCAAAUGGAAAAGGGGAGACAGAGGAAAAGGAGGUCCCUCAAAUGCUUGCAUCCCAGACUGCUGCAAAACCUGGCUCUGUCAAGUUGAUGGCACCUACUCCAAGCCCCACCCCAGAAAAGGAAGUGGACGAUGUAGACAUGGAGGAGGAGGACGAUGAAGUGGUAGAUGAAGAAGAGGAUGAAGAGGAGGAAAACUUUGAUGAGGAUGAGGCAGAAGAAGAAGAAGAGGAGGAAGAAGAAGAAGAAGAAGAAACAACAGCUGCAAAGGAGCAGGAGGAUUAUGAAUACCCUCUUGAUCCUUACCGGACAUCUGACUACUCCUUCUACUAUGACGACAGUCACAAACCCACAACGUCUACCCCUUUGGUCAAGGGAGACAUCUUUACUACAACUCGCCCCACAGAUGGGGUUGAUGUUUACUUUGAGAAGCCAGUGGAUGACACCGAGCACGCCAACUUCCUGCGUGCCAAAACGGACCUGGAGGAGCGCAGAAUGAAGCGCAUCAAUGAGAUAAUGAAGGAAUGGGCGGAGGCUGACCAUCAGUCACAAAACCUGCCAAAGUCAGAGCGACAGGCUUUAAAUGAGCAUUUCCAGUCUGUGCUGCAGACGUUGGAGGAACAGGUUGCUGGGGAGAGACAGAGGCUAGUGGAGACUCAUCUCGCCAGAGUCGAGGCCAUUCUCAACAACAACCGCCGCCUAGCUUUGGAGAACUACCUGACGGCUGUACAAUCUGAUCCCCCCCAGCCUGAGCGGGUGCUUCAGGCUUUAAAACGGUACAUGGCUGCAGAGCAGAAGGACCGCAGACACACUCUAAGGCACUACCAGCAUAUUGUGGCUGUCGACCCACAGAAAGCUGAGCAAAUGAAAUUCCAGGUGUACACACAUCUACAUGUCAUUGAGGAAAGGAUGAACCAAAGUCUUGCUCUGCUUUAUAAGGAUCCAACAUUAGCUGAGGAGCUACACAGUGACAUCCAGGAGCUUGUCAAGGCAGAGCGAGGCGACAUCAGCGAGCUCAUGACUACUUCCUUCUCCGAGACCCGGACCACUGAAGUGCUCAUACCAGCAGAGAGCGAGGAAGAGAAGGAUGACGAAGAGGAGGAGGAGAGGGCCUUCCAGAACCGGCCUUACCCUCCUCGCAUCGAUCUACACUCCAAUAGGAAAGAGGAUGAAUAUGAUUAUACCACAUCUGAAAGAGGCCGUAAUUAUGAAUAUGAGGAAAAGAUUAACACCUCUGCUGAGCUCAAACAGGUGGUGAAACCAAAUGAGAUUGCAAGAGAUGAACUGCAGCCCGAUGUCCUGGAUACGUUUAACCGUGGUGCCAUGGUUGGCUUGCUGGUGGUUGCUGUAGCAAUUGCCAUGGUGAUGGUGAUCAGCCUGCUGUUGGUGCGCAGGAAGCCAUACGGCACUAUUAGUCAUGGCAUUGUCGAGCAGGUCGACCCUAUGUUGACACCCGAAGAAAGGCAGCUCAACAAAAUGCAAAACCACGGCUACGAGAACCCCACCUACAAGUUCUUUGAGCAAAUGAACUGAAGCUCUGAAUGCUACCAGCAAGUCAUGCCUCACCACAUGUUUUGUCCCCCCCCCACACUUGUCCAUACAAUGAUGUCCCAGCUGCACUUCCUGUGACAGUUUGAUGAUGUGUUGCAGAUUUUAUUUAACUGGUGAAACUAGGGUGCUUCCCCAAAACCAGUUAAUUGCAUCAUAAAGUGAUUAAUGAGAUACGAUACAACCCUGUGUUAAUUAUUGUAGUCAAAUAUUCCUUAACGUGAAGCAGAGCUACAGACCAUCCACCUCAUUCCUGUGGCAUGACGACCUACUGCUCCUCACUAGAAACUGAAUUUUGAAUGGUACAUAAUGCUUUAUUAUUACUAUUUAUUUUUCAUUCGUAGUUUCUUUGUUGAGAUUGUACCACAGUAACAGUUCUCUGUGUAGAUGAGUGUGAAUGGCAGCCUAGUUUAUAAUCGAGCUGAAAAACUUACCUCUACGAGUCACUGACAGCUGUAGGUAAAGUAGUGAAGGUUUUGAAUGUAUGAGACAAACAGGCUUCAAUUCAAAAACAAAUUAGUACAGAAACGCUGUUUCAGCUGGUGGCACAAAAAAAUCUUUAGACAUUUAGCAAAAUAUACCCUAAAUAUCAAUUAAGCUGUAUAUUUGUUUUAUUGUUUGGCUUUCAAAAACAGCUGUUCUACGAAAAAAUUAGAAGUCUUUUAUUUUACUGAAAGCAUGACAACUUUGGUGUAUGAUGCUGCAGUAUUUCUUUGUGUUGUUCUUGUCAUUGCUUUUGAAGAGUCCAGAAUGUUCCUAAAGGACACUGUAAAUACCGUAGGACGUAUCCGCUACUAGAUGUAGACAUUUCUAUUAUUAAUUUACAUCGGUGUAAUGGAAAAAAUGCAUAAAAAAAAGAUUAAGAAACAAUAAACACAUUGUGCUGUUUUGAGAAGGAGAAACAUUUUCCUAACAUGGCUGAUUGAAAACGGACUGUUGUAAAAACCAGCACAA